AGAUAAAUUAAUCAAAGUAUAAAAGCAUGCAGUGUUAAGCCGUAAAAAACUAUUUCAUAUUAAAAAAGAACAUAAUUGAAACAGAAAACUACAAUCGAUCAGCUCGAUUUAAUACAUAUACCACAGCCUAUGCGGAAUUAAUAAUUACUCCAUACCACGAAGAACUAACAUGAGUGCCCCAAAUAUGGAUUGUGAACAGCGCAGCGAUAUAGAGCGUGUCUACGGCUGGAUCGCCAAUCUUUGCAACAAAGAAACGCGUUUUUGGGCCAUGUUGGAGCUAUGCGAAAGGCGCAGCCACAUCGACAGCCUAGGACUCUUGCUGUGGCAUUCCUUUGGAGCUGUAAGUGGUUUGCUGCAAGAGAUUGUGUCAAUAUAUCCGGCCAUUUAUCAAGAUAUUGAAUUAACCGGCCAACACUCACACCGGAUUUGCACUGCCAUUGGGCUGAUUCAGGCCAUGGCCUCACAUCCCUUCAUUGGUAUUCAACUCAUACGAUGCCAAUUCAUGUGCUAUUUGAUGCCAUUGCUUAAGAUGACCUCUCAAACUCGGACCGUUGAGCAUGUUCGCCUCUCUGUAUUAGGCGUCAUUUGCGGUCUACUGAAAUCAGAUCAUCCAGAGAUCGUAGCUUAUUUUUUGGGCACUGAAUUGAUUCCACUUAUCCUGCGGCAGCUGGAAUUGGGUACCACAAUGAGUAAGGUGCUCUGUGCAUUUGUCUUGUACCGCACCCUAGAACAUGAAGUAGGCUUAAAGUUUGCCAGUCGAAGACUGGCACGAAGGCUGCAUCUGAUCCAUACUUUAGCCAGGGUUGUGCACCAACUGACACUGGAACCGGAGCCUCGAGUUCUUAAACAUGUAGUAAGGAUCUAUUCUCGCCUAGCGGAUCAUCCCCAGAGUCUGGAGCUAAUCCUGAAGCUAUUGCCGGCACAGAUUCGGAACGGCUAUUUCUGCCAGGAAGGUUUAGCGGGCUUUGAGAGCGCCUCACUUGAGUUGGCUGAUCUAAACCGUAAGCUGGUCACUAAACAUGAGAAAAAGGACAAAGCUAAUGAUGACACCAUGCCGGAAAAGCAUUAAAUGUAAAUUUCACGCCUCCUUACGUUUCCUUCCCCUAAUCGUCCUUAUCAAUGUGUACAAAUGGUUAACCAAUCAGAUACUUUAUUUGGUGGCAAGAGUAAUCCAUGUAAAUUUCAUUUAUAUUUAUACUGCAUAUCUUUGGUUGGAGGAUACGUAAGGGUUCCCUGGGAGCAUUAAGUUGGCAUAAUGCAAUAAACAGAUCGUAAAUAUUUUGAUACCAUUUUUCCACCGUAAUUGACUCGACGUUACUUUGAAUGUCAAACAAUAAAUUCAAUUUCGAAUCAAUAGCCCCGAAAAUAAAAACUCAGUGGCACACACACAUGGCAGUUACCCUAAACCCUUCCACGCACGUGUUUGGCUCAUGGCUCGACUUUUGACAUGUAUACUUAGUGAAAUAAUCGAAUGAACAAAAUAUAGAAGGAAACGCUUUCCUUGAAGUAAAA